UCCUUGCACGCUACUUCCGGCCCCAAAUUAAGUCCUGCCCAUGGAGCGCUUUCAGCUCAGAGUUGCAAAGGAGUCGAGAGCGACAGUUUCAAGGACGAGGUUCGGUUUCCAGCAGAAACCAAGGCCGUGCACCGCUUUUCCGGUCCUUGUUUAUUCCCUUCGUUUGGCGCAAACGCCUCGCCUCGCCUCUCCCUGGUCUCCGCCACGGGGUGGUCAGACUUCUGGGGAGCGCAAGUAGCCAGGCAACAUUUCGCAUUCACGUGCAUUGUUCACGUGUGAAUGCGGCACGGAUGCUGAAAAAAGAUGAUUUUCUUACCUCCGCUGUUCUUGUGUCCUUUUUCACGAAAGAAAAAAUAUCAGCAGGACACCCGGUCAGACUGGAACUGGAGGCUUCCCAGGAUUAAACCACGGCCAGCUGUGCAGUUCCUCCUGUGAUUUUGAACUAACCAGCAUUUGGUUCAGAAGCAAGAUGUGGCCUGAUAACCUCGAUAAGUCCAAUCAGUCCAGACAAAUGGGGCAGCCUCUGCUAAAAGAUCCAGUUGAUUUGUUUCGUUCGGAACGCGUUGUGAAAAUAUGCGCUCCUAUGGUUAGGUAUUCAAAAUUGUCUUUCAGAACUUUAGUCAGGAAAUACAACUGUGAUUUAUGCUACACGCCGAUGAUCAUUGCAACUGAUUUUGUCAGAUCUUUGAAAGCCAGGCACAGUGAAUUUACAACAAACCAAGGUGAUCAUCCUUUGAUUGUUCAGUUUGCUGCUAAAGAAGCACAGGUUUUAGCAGAUGCAGCUGGCCUUGUUAGUCCAUUUGCAGAUGGUGUAGAUUUAAACUGUGGUUGCCCGCAAAGGUGGGCUAUGGCAGAAGGCUAUGGUGCUUGCUUAAUAAACAAACCAGAACUGAUACAAGAGAUGGUGAGAUUAGUAAGAAAUCAAGUGGAAAAACCCAUGUUUUCAAUAUCUAUUAAGAUACGGAUUCACAAUGAUCUAAAGAGAACUGUAGACCUCUGCCAAAAAGCAGAAGCAGCUGGAGUAUCCUGGAUUACUGUACAUGGGAGAAAUGUAGAAGAAAGACAUCAGCCGGUACAUUACGAUGCAAUUAAAGUAAUUAAAGACAGCAUAUCAAUACCAGUGGUAGCUAACGGUGAUAUGAAAUCUCUAAAAGAUGUGAAGACCAUUCAUCAAAUAACAGGAGCUGAUGGUGUCAUGGUUGCUCGAGGGCUCUUAGCAAACCCAGCUCUGUUUGCAGGAUAUGAAGACACCCCUCUACAAUGUGUCCAGGACUGGGUGGACAUAGCACUUGAACAGGGGACGCCAUUCACAUGUUUCCAUCAUCAUUUAAUGUACAUGUUAGAAAGGGUUACUUCAAAACAAGAAAAGAAGAUUUUUAAUGUUUUAUCAAGUACUUCUGCUGUUUUGGACUACCUUAGAGAUAAUUAUGGGGUUCAGUAACUUUUUAAAUAUAUUUAAUCAUAAGGAGACCAAGCUCCUCUUAUUUAAAAAUUGUAUACAUAUUUUUAAAAUUGUGAACAUUUUUUUCCUACUCGAUUUCGAUAUGUGCAUUUAAACAGUUUUAGCAUCUUCUUAAUAUCAAAUUGUGAAUAAAAACAGCAAUAGUCCAUAGAUAUAUUCAGUCCUUAUCAGCAAAUUGUUGUUGUUGUUUAGUCGUUAAGUCGUGUCCGACUCUUCGUGACCCCAUGAACCAUAUUGCG